AUGACUUCCAUGACUAAUACCCUUAUGUUUGACAGAGAGGACCUGUCUACUGGUGAUAUCCUCACGAUAGCCUCGAAACUCCGCACUAUGUUACUUUACCAUGAUCGCUCUCUCAAACAGAUCACUCUCAUAGAAAACUACAUGACUCGGCUAACCCAACAGGCACUCAUCUACGUACAACAAGGACGUAAAGGUCAGGCACUAAGGAUCCUCACACGUAAGGCGGUGGCUUUAGGGAUCAAGUACUUGUAUCGUCUCUACCGUCUCCGCAAGUGGCACCAAGUGCAACAGUUUGUGAGAACCAUUACGUACACCCUUCAGAGUGAGGCUCCACCGAUCCUAUCCCUGGCAGAUUACUCCAGCCUCGCCGACUCAGAUACAGACCAGACCAGGAUCAUCUCUCAGACACUCACUGUUGUCCAUUGUAACUACUAUAGAUAUGACUAA